AUGGCAAGGUUACUAUUCCUCUGGGCAACACUGGCCAUCAGCUUGGCCGGCGCCAGUCCGCAGUUCAUCCCAGUGGUGCCCUCGACACCGCGGCCGCCUUCACAACCACCGCAACCACCUCUACCGCCGCAACCACCGCAACCACCGCAGCCGCUGCAGCCAAACCCGCAGCUGCCGACGCCGCCGGCCGUCCCCGGCACGCCGAACCCCAGCGCCUGUGCCCAGGUUGCCCAGGAUGCCGAUGCCGUCCGCGCUCGCGAUCCGGCGGCGGUGCCCACAGUCGCCGCCCAGCUCGCCUUUGACUGCCUCCAGUCGGUGCCCAACAAGCCGGCGCAGGCGCAGCGCCUCAUCACGAGUCUGCAGGCCUACGUCCAGUGGCAGAGCACCCUCGCCUGGCUCAAGAACCCGCCAGCCACCUACAUGCUGCCGCCGGCGGAUAUCGAAGGGGCCCUCGCCGAUAUUGGACGCACGGCGGCCGCUGGUGGCUUUGGCAGCGAGUACAACUUUCAGCUGGCCAUCCUCGAAACGUUCGCUUCGGCCCACGACGGCCACUUCAACUACCGUGGCGAUGUGUUCAAGGGAUUCGCUUUUGUCAACGGCCUCGCAUCCGACAUUAUUUCUGUGUCGAGGGACGGCAAGGAGCCGCCGCGUCUCUACCACUCGUCCAUGAUGUCCAACGGCAGCGGUGGUGAUGGUGGCCGUUUCCCUCCGGCCAUUGUCCGCAUCAACGGCCGGGAUGCCAACGCGGUCAUUGAGGAGACGAAUCUGCGCUUCAGCGGAUUUCAGGAUCAGGAUUCGCAGUGGAACUCCAUGUUCCCGACCUACGCGAGCCCCGACGCCGCCCUCACACUGUCUGCUUCGCUUGCCUUCCAGGGCCCUUCGUUGACCCUGACCUACGACAAUGGCCAGGAGAGGACGGAGCCGAGCUGGGCCCUCGUCCGGGCCGCGGCGAACUUGACGGGCAUCCGCAACGGUGAGGACUUUUACGAGAGGUUCUGCAACCCCGACUCGCCGACGAGGCCUCGACAGCCGCCGCAGCAACCUCAACAGCCCCAGCCGCCGCAGCAGCCUCCCCCGCCACCGCCGAAUACGACCCGCCCUUCUCUGCCCGGCUACCCUGCGCCUGUCGUUCGUGACGGCGGCUCCGACACGACGUCUGGCUACUUCAUGCAAGGGCCGGGCCUCGAUACGACAGCCGUGCUCGCAGUGUCGUCUUUCGCGCCUGGCGGCUCCACCGGCACGCUCGACUACCUGACCGAUUUUCAGACGACCGUAGCGUCGUUUCUCGCCGAGUGCAGCCGGCAGAACAAGGACCGGCUCGUCAUUGACCUGUCGGCCAACGGCGGCGGCCUCGUCGUCGCCGGGUUCGAGCUCUUUGCCCAGCUGUUCCCAGACGCGCCGCGGUUCCAGGCGACGAACCUGCGGCUCGCCGACUCGCUCGUCGCCAUUGCCCGCGGCGUCGACGCCUUGCCGCCGCAGCUGCAGCCCGCCAACGCCGACCAGCGCGACGCUCUCGCUCAGCUCGCCACGAGCGCCGUCAUUGGCAAUUUCGUGCCGGGCGAGGUCCAGACGCCUGCUGGUGAUGGCUUCGCCAGCGUCGAGACCCUGCUGGGCCCCGUCGCCCAGAACGGCGAUCUCUUCACGGCCUUUCAGCAGACCCCCCUCAACCAGGCGAGCGCGGCCUUCAACCUCACAGGCGUCGGCAACCGGGCGGCACCGCCCCCGGCCGUGUUCCGCCCCGAGAACGUCGUGCUCCUGACCGACGGCACGUGCGGCUCGACCUGCACCCUCUUCGCCUACCUCGCCAUCCUCGGCCUCGGCGUCAAGACGGUGGCCAUGGGCGGGCGCCCCGUGACGGGCCCCAUGCAGGCCGUCGCCGGCGUCGAGGGCGCGCAGGUCUUCUUCUUCAACGACAUGCAGGCCGACGCGGCGUCGGUGCUCGCCCUGUCGCCCCCCGACGUGCGCGCGCGCCUCGAGGGCGGCGAGCUCGGCGAGAUUGCCCGCGGCUACGCCAUCCUGCGCAGCGCCACGCCCGCGUCGGCCGGCGCCGUCAACGGCAAGAACUCGUUCAUGCCCGGCGACGCCAACACGCCGCUGCAGUUCCUGUGGCAGCCCGCCAGCUGCCGCGUCUACUACACGCCCGCCAUGCAGCGCGGCGCCGAGGCCGCCUGGACCGUGGCCUCGCGGGCGACGUGGGAGGACCAGAGCCUCUGCGUCGAGGGCAGCGUCAACAGCGGCAUGAUUAAAUAA